AUUUAAAGCAGUUUUUUGUGUUGGUGCGGAAGACUGCAGCAGUUGGACCGGGUGCAGUUAAACAAUGGGGGUAAGUAGAUGGAUUAAAUCUUCCUGUUUGUAUUUCUUUUAGGGUCACAUGCCUGCACUUAUCUGCUCCAGCUAACCGAUCGAUAAUUAAAACAUACAUUCAGGCAUAUACUGACUUUCAGAAGAAGAUAAUCGGCGUCUAAAUCCGUUUCACCUUGUGUCUGUUCAUUACCAGUUGCAAAUGUGACGUUGAAUCACCUUAGAUUUACUUGCUAGCAUAUUUUCAAUUCUAGGAAAGUUUAAUUAUACAUUUACUGAUACAAAUCCUCCCCCACUUUCUUCCUUGAAUCACUCUUUCUUUUAAUUUGUAGUCUUUCCAUUUUCAGUUUCACUGUCUCGCUUGCUUCCGCAUGAGCUAAAGGCAGCCGAAAUUCUAGACGACAAUAAAGUAAUAUCAACCAUUCCUUACAAAAUAAGUUUUGUGACACUUUUAUUAUGCUGUCUAAGCCACUUACAGUCAACAGUGAGUUUACGCAACAGCACGGCAGGAAGAAGAAGACGGCAGAACGCUCGUGUGUGACAAACGUGACAAGGCUAUUUCUUACUUGUUUUGUCGUGAUCUUCACUUAACAUCAAUGUUUUCUGGUCUUUUACAAAAAGAUCUGUUUAAAGGAAAGUGAAUUUUGGCGAAAAGUUAUUUCAAACAAAAUUAUUGCCACGCUUGUCACACAAGGUUUGCCGUCUUCUUUCCUCUCCCGUCCUGUUGCGUAAGUUCACUAAUGUUGAGCUUGCGAGGAUAAUUUUGAAGUGAUUCCACAUCCGCCCUCAGGUUGCCGACGUUUGGAUCACUUGAAUUUUUUAUCAUUUUCGAAACCCCCCGGGGGACCCUUCUCCUAGGAUGAAGAAUCUCAGUAGUUAGCUGAUUCAUUUUGAUGGGAAUAUAACAAAAGCUUUCGUUUUUCUUUAGGGUGGUGGUUCUAGCCAUGAAACACAUUACACCUACGUUGACGACACAGCGAUAGAAAGAGAAAGAGCGCGGCAGAGAGAACUUGAACGGCUAGAACAAGAACGCAGGCAGAGGGAGCAUGAAGAAAGACAUCGCAUCGAAGAAGAGAGAAGAAAAGAAGAAGAGACCAAAAGAGCAGAGUAUGAGCGACAAAGGAAACUAGAAAAGGCACAAGAGGAAGAAAGGAGAAGAAAAGAGGAAGAAAAACGCAUGCGUUUGGAGAAGGAACUUUGUCUUCGACGACAUGAAUUGUUCAAUUACAAAUUUGGUAACAAAACCGGGCUGGAUAGUUUCGGGGGGUUGGAACUAGAUGACGUAACCCAACUCAGGAUAGGCGUCUUCGGCGCAACUGGAUCUGGUAAAAGCUGUUUUAUCAACACGUGUGAACGCACUGUGAGACAAACAGAAAAGGGAUCGGCUCCUGACAGCAGCACUGGUCAAGAAGGUACAAUCACUCUUCAAGAUUAUCUCCCUGAAUUGUUUUUCCGCUUGGUGGAUACUCGUGGUUUCUUCAACUACAACGCUAACGAGAUCGUGGAAUUUCAAAACAUUUUGCACGGGAAGAUUCAGCCUGGAGAUAACGUGAUCCGUUCACCAGAAGACCGAGGAAGUGCAGCAUCCGUGAACCUACAUCCAUGUUCUACUUUUGCCAACCGCCUUCAUGGGAUAAUUAUCGUUGUUAUGGCAAAUGAUCCGCGGCUGAGGAAAGGAACUUUGGAGAAGUACUUAAGUCCAUUCCGGGAAUUUUUGUGCAAAACUGGUAAACUGUCUCCUCCUGCUUUUACCAUUGCACUCUACAGUUGGUCUUGAUUACCUUAAUAUAUAUAAGUGCAUAAUGUUUUUUAGUUGAAAUGACCUCAAUUUCCUUAACAAACAGAACACAUUAUAGCGAUGUCCUCAGGUCAUAAAAUACAGCAUGAUUUGAAAUUCUAUAGUGUGCGAUUACCUAAACACCUAGACUGUUCACAGUCCCCUAUUUUUUCGUGAGGUCGUCGAGAUACAGCGCGUCUUACAUUUAAUGACGGCAAUCUUGAUUUUCGAAUGCACCGAGGGGGCGGGCGUCGGGGAUUAUAGCUCUAGGUUUUUCUCGCUUCCUCCCAAACCGCCCUCGUCCGCUAAGUAGUUUUGACACUCAUGCAAGAUGGCAACCCAUAACGCAAAGCGCUCGAUCUCGACGAUCUUAUGGGAAAACAGAGGACUGUGAACACUCGUCUACUAAACACCAGAAGUUCACAAGGUAGGAUUUUACAAGUGGAAGCUGGGCGAAAAGCCAAUUUUUGUUAGCCUGAACGAGGUCCCUCCUAAGAUGGUUAAGUGUAACUAAGGGUUAAGCCAAAUUUUAAGUAAGAUUUUUUGUCUUUUUAGCUAGGAACUUGUAACUGAACCUUAAUACCGCAAACCUUACUCCUAGAUCUAGUUCUGAUAGCACGAAAUAGUACAAUAAUGGGUUAAAAUGUAAUCCUUGGAUUAGCAAUAGGCUUUUAUGAAACCGCCCCCGGGUCUGCCCAGGCUUUUUAGCGGCCAUUGGGGUCGAACGCUAUGGUAUGAUCAGAAAACAGUUGGAGUCACUUUCUUUUCCUCAGUCUAAGAAUAUAAGUAGGUGAUGAAGCUGCUUUAAUGACGAAAGUCUCGCUUCCAUAAAUAUCAUCCAACAUAAGCAUUUUUUUUUCCUUCCCACAUUAGGACUCGCCCCGAUCACCGCUGUCACGCACCGUGACAAACUGAACUCACAAGAGGAGUGUGACAACGCCCUCCACCAAGCAUCAAAGGCUACCGGAAGUUCAUCGGAUCACACAUUCUUUGUACACAACUACACAAGAGACAACAGUAAACGUAACCCUGAGACAGAGCGCAUGAUAUUCGACAUUCUUCACUGCGCACUGCUGACGGCCGAGAAGGCGGUGAAGGUCAUGAAACAGAGAAAAAUGGAGGAAGACGCGAAAGCAGUGAAUUCUGUUGAAGGUAACAUAGCCUCAACACCCGAGGGAGUACUCGGUUAGGGAGAAUUUAGUCUUUUCAGCAAUAUUCGCGAAGAAUUGAUAAGUGACAGUACACUUUUGCUGCUUCUCAAAAUUCAUGUUCCUAAUCUCGUUGCUAGAUCCCAGGUUAGAGAUUUGGGUACGAGAUUAAAAGUUACACGUGAGCUCAACCGCAGUUUGCAAAUGCUAUAAGCAAAGCACUUUAAGCUUAGGUUGUUAGAAACCUCGGAAAAAGCAGACCUCUAUUGUUUGUCCCAGCCUUUCUUACUCCCUUUAUUUGACUCCCUAUAAGACGAACAUCUCUCUAAGACGGACACUUAGUGCCAGUCCCAAAGGUGCCUAGCCUAUGGACACAUAUUACGUAUUUGUGCCUUUCUUCGAGCCAGAGAGUUGAUUGCCUGCGUGCAGACGUUUCCUAUGCAAGAGAGUUGGCUAUACUUUUUCGAUGCGUUUGUAACAGGCUGUUUACUUAAUAAACGUUUUGAAAGUUUACUAAAAGGUUCCGAGUGUUUGAAGACCGUAACCGGUGUUGAUACCGGCGCAAUUUGUCAACAGAAUUUUACCAGGGUCAAGUAGGGAGCGAAACGUUUUCAAAGAAAAAACGCUCAUUAUUUGGUGAAAAUAAACUUAUUUUUUAAUGCACCCUUAUCAAGGUUUUGACCUUAUGGUGCAUUAAAUCCCACUAGGCAAAAACAAAAACGAACAAAUAACAACAACAAAAAUCCCUCAGAGGUUUGACGGCGAUGGUCCCGUGAGCGAUCGACUUUCCGUUCUCUGAUUGAUAACUGAUCUCUUAAUAUUUUCAGCACCUGUCGAGGUCUUUCUUCGUCAUCUACAAAACGAACACAAGGGAAAUCACUGGAGCACCAGCAGCUUAAAAGAGGUUUUGAAUAAGCUGACUAAAGAUGACGUCACAAACGUCAGGCUGCUCGUCAUGUGUUGGAGUGAUGUGCAGGCGCACUUUCCUUUGGGAAUGAAGAAAACAGUGGAGAAGGAACUCAGAAGCCGGAACAUGAUAGAUUAA